AUGGCGCAAUUUCUGGCGAGGCAGGAGGCCUUUGCUACAGAAAUUUCCCUUCAGAGGGCGACAAUGGAACGGCAACAACGAGAGAUCGAUGAGCAAGUCCAAAGGAUGAUCCAGAGGGAGCAGGAGGCUGACUGGAGGCACCAAGAGGCCGCUGUGGCCUUAGAGGCAGCUACUCAGUUAGCCCGAGCUAAUGCUGAAGCUGUUGCUCAGGCGAUGAUGGAGGCUCAGGCCAAAGCAGCAGGAAUGCGAGACCAUACCUCUAAAGCCGACUCCUCCACGUUCAUUUACAGAUCUGGUGCUCUUAUGCUUAUUGUCCUUAUCUACGUGGAUGAUAUUAUCAUCACGGGGUCUACAUCCGCUGUUAUUUCUGAUCUCAUUGGUUAUCUUCGCACGAAAUUUGCAGUCAAAAAUCUGGGAUCGCUUCACUAUUUUCUGGGCUUACAGGUCUCUCGUUCUGCUCAUGGCAUGCAUCUUUCACAUACCAAAUACAUCCGCGAUCUUCUCACCAAAACUGGCCUUUUGGAGUCUAAACCAAUACCUACUCCCAUUGCUUUGGGAUCUCUAUCUAUCCAUGAUGGUGAUUUGUUACCCGAUGCUACUUCCUACCGCAGCAUCAUCGGUGCUCUCCAAUUUUGCACAUUCACAAGACCCGAUAUCUCCUACUCGGUUAACAAACUCUACCAGUUUAUGCACUCUCCUACUACGGUUCAUCUCCAAGCUGCGAAACGGGUUAUGCGGUACCUUAAAGGCACUCCUCACUUGGGGCUUUUCAUUCAGCCAGAUACUAUUUCCCAACUCCACUGCUUUACGGAUGCGGAUUGGGCCUCUUGUCCUGAUGAUCGCCGUAGCACUAGUGUGUAUUGUGUUUUCCUUGGCCUUAACCUUCUUUCGUGGUCCUCUUCUAAGCAAAAAGUGGUCUCACGCUCUAGUACGGAAUCUGAGUAUCGUGCCCUUGCCAAUGGUGCCUCUGAAGUCUCUUGGCUUGAAACUUUACUGACUGAACUUGGGUUCCGUGUUUCUUCUCCGUCUAUGCUCCAUUGUGAUAAUAUCAGCACCCUUCAUCUAGCCUCUAAUCCGGUUCUGCAUGCUCGUACAAAGCACGUGGAGAUCGAUUGUCACUUUGUUCGUGAACGGGUCAAUCGCGGCAGUAUUCGUCUCGAAUUCACUCCAUCUUCAGACCAACUUGCUAAUUGUCUCACCAAACCACUUGUGGUGUCUCGUUUUCAUGACUUGCGCACCAAACUCAACGUCCUUCCUUGCCCGUUGAGUUAG